AUGGAUCGGGUGCGCCCCUCGUUUAUGACGAAAGAGCAGUUGGACAAGUACAUGAACGAUGUAAAGCAAAACCGACAGCCUCGUCCAAGGCCAAACUUUGAACUCCCUGCGAAACGACUCUCAAUGACAUUCAACGACCCACCUCCCGAACCUCAGGAAAAGGAAGAACCAAAACCGGAACCAAUUUUCAGAGUUCAAACAGAUUCUCCAGUCUCGGCAUUUCGACGCUAUGGGGGGAGUGUAAGGGAUAUACAGAAGUCGAAGGGGACGGUUCGGACUAGGAAUGGUUGGAUCAUUGGUGAUAGUUCAGGGAAACCUUCUUCGCCCUUUAGUGGGAAUAGGCAAGGAGCACAGUCACGAAUAGUCGAGGAACCGGAAACAACGAGAAGAGUUAAAAUGGUUGAGGAGACGAAGCCUUCGCCGGUGGUGGCACAAGUAAAGGCAAACGAUAAAGAAAACCAAGCAGACUGGGAUUCCGACUCACCACUCGAAGAAUCUUUGGAGGACUCGAUUAUCAAGUUGCAAAACGAUAUCAGCCAAGAGAUUGAGGCCGUAAGCAUUCUACUCGACUCGCCUAUCGACGAAAGUGGAGAUAGCGUCUCUGGGGAUGUUGAUGAUAUUUUGGACUCAUAUAGAGAUGACCCAAAACCGGACUCGCCGGCGCCUCUCAAGAUUACUAGAAGUCUUCCAGUUGAUAUCAAACAUACUCUGGCUAUACACCAAUCGCAGUUGCCGGAGCCCCCUGUGUCGAUUACCAAUACCAACAAGAUCGGUCAAUACCAGGUCAAUUCCCCACCAACCCCAAGUUCGACUCCGCCUGAGUUAGAAAAGAGGCCGAAGUUUGGGGACCGAGGGGUUCCAACAUUCUCCUCAGUUGCGCCACCGACGCCCCCUACGAAGGUCAUGAUAGUUGAGGAUGAUAAGCUUGUUGCAGAGAUGACGCUAGAUGAUGGGAAGGGUGACGCCGGGUAUAAUGUCCAACAAGGAAAUCCAAAUGCCGUCGUUCCUUCAGCUGAGGUAUCGAAGAUCGCCGGCAAGAUUUCUGAGUUACAAAUGAAAGCAGAUCCGUGGGCUGCUGCUCCUAAGCCCGCCUUUCCAAAUAUCAGUAUGGAGGAGUUUCAAGAGAGGAACGAACCACAUUCCGAGCACAGGCCUUCCCAAUUGUCUUUCAACAGGACUAAUAGUCUUCCCGUCGGCAUGUCUCAAGAUUCGACAAAUGCUGCUACCGGUAAUAAGAAGUCUUUUGAACAACGACAGUAUAAGCCUUACAGGCCGCCAACCCAACCAGCAUCACUGCCUUCAACAGUUCCUAGGCCAGCAUUCAUGAGAACUCGGACAGGGUCUGAGUCUGUAAUAACCCCUCCAGUGUGCCCUUCGCCUGCCCCGCAUGUCGGGGCGAUUCCAUCCCAUAUGAAUAACGCACAUGGGCGGCACUCUAGCCUUGGGAACAUCUACCAGCCCAAUCAACCACCCAUAAUGGCCGCUUAUGCCGCGACCCAGAAUUUCGUACCACUCCAACAUAGGCACUCGAUGAGCACAAAUGUAGGCUAUGGACAAAUUCAGCCAAUGCGGCACUUCAAUGCUGGCCCCCCUCUGCCAACCCAUAGCCAACAUCGACCAGGGCCGCAAAAUCAUUUUAAUAGACAGUUCCAUAGCAGCUUUGGACCAUCUGGCCAUAUGAACCAGCCAACAGUAUCUCGUAUGCUUUCGAAUGUUGGAACUUCUGGGCGUUCGCUCCCAGUGCUUCCUACGGACUUGUCAAAGGCACUCCCUGAACCACCAACCAACAUUAUUAAUGAUCCUCAAGUGCUACUAAAGCAAUCUCCCUCGGCAACCGGAGCACCCCUAGUUAAAAACCAGACACCCCCUCCUAUUCCUACGUUUUCCUUUGACGAUACACCGACGUCCGGUAGCCGGCGUUUACCUGCAGCUCCUACACAACAGCAGAGUAAGCCGCUACCGACAAUGCCCACCAGAUCCUUUGAAGACAGGAAACAGCAAGAGACAAAAGCAAUGCCUCCUGUCCCUGUUUUCUCAUUUUCCGAUGAUUCUACGCCCAAUUCGAAAAGUAUACCUUCUAUCAACAUUCCCGAUGAUAAUGCCUCUAAGCCUAGCGUUCCGAUAAUCAAUGUUCCUGACGAUGACGACAAUGAUAAGACCAACUCUUCAGUUCCAUCCUUCUCUUUCUCCGGUCCAGACGAACAAACAGACCGGAGACCUCUCCCCACUGCUCCUACCACUCAAAAACAAGAUCCACGCCCUCUCCCAUCUCCAAGGAAAAACAGCAUAGCUGACCGAAGAGCCGCCUUUGAAACACAUGGCCAUGGCGCGAAUCACCGUAUUCCUUUGCCUAGAUCUGCUGCUUCUUGUACCGCCUGUGGACAACAUAUCUCCGCUAGAGCAGUAUCUGCUUCCGGGCUUAGGUUUCACCCAGAGUGCUUCCGUUGUUCUCACUGCAGUACCCGUCUCGAGCAUGUCGCAUUCUACCCUGAACCUUUAUCUCCCGACGCUGGUCCCGACGCUCAGCUAACCGGCCGUUUCUUCUGCCAUCUCGACUUCCACGAGUUAUUUAGCCCUAGGUGCAAGAGCUGCAAGACCCCAAUUGAAGGUGAAGUUGUAGAAGCUUGCGGGGCUACAUGGCAUCCUGGUCAUUUCUUCUGCGCCGAGUGUGGUGAUCCUUUCGACGCUAAGUCGAGAUUCGUAGAAAAGGAUAAGUACGCAUGGUGCCUCUGCUGUUACCAGAAACGAUAUAGCAGUAAGUGCAAGAAGUGCAAGAAGCCAGUGACCGAUACUGUUGUCAAGGCACUGGAUGCCGACUGGCAUAUGGAGUGUUUUUGCUGUUUUGAAUGUGGAUCUGAGUUCCAGGAUGGAAGAUACUUCCUCCGAGGCGGCUGCGACAACGAACCAGUUUGCACGAAGUGCGAGGAAACCAGAUUGAAGAGCUGGGAGCUGGUGCAGUGA